AUGGCCACACCCAUCGACCACCUUGUCACUUACACCAAGGGGCUUGGCCUUGGAGGCCUAGGAGGUUGCAACAAGGAAUUACAACAUACCUUGAACAUAACAAUACUUCUGAAGUUUAUCAAAAUCUUAGUCAUUGAUGAAGGCAUUUUUGAAGGAUGGCUCAAGGAAGAAAAGGAAUACAUGCAAAGCCUGCAUAAGGAGCCUGAGGAGAAAAUUUUACAAAUGGAAUGCUGGCAGAAUCUGAUCCAAUUGCAAGCUAGCGAAGAUGAUCUCAUCACUGAAUCCAAAGUAUGGAUGCCCAUAGGAUUUUGA